UUCAUCUUUGGUUAUGUCUCUGCAAGUCGCUCGAUAUUUAACCUCCUGAGGAAGCGUAUAUAAGAAUUACCUUCCAAACGUCCGCGAUUUUCGAUUUUCUCGCUUUCACGGAAUCUUGUGUACAUCGUUAUCUUCCUAUGUGGCGUCUCGAGCGCAACCUUUGAAGAAUUCACUUCUCUUGGUUUCGUUAUUCGGAUUUGAAGCCCUGCGAUCCGUUUCGAAGGAUUUCGGUCCUGCAAUUUGGAGAAGAAAAUUGAAAUAUAUUUGAUUUGAUCCAGAGGUUUUUGCGGUUGGUGGAGUUUAUGGGCGAGUGGGUAUGGGAUUUCUUAAUGAUGAAGUCAAAUAUUGGUGUUUAAAUUUUCAGGUACCAUAGAAGAAGUUGCUUGAUCAUUCUUGGAUCUUCUAGUGGAUGCUUGUGUUCCUUGACCACAUUUUCAAAGUGAAGCCAUUGAAGUUGCAAUUUAGGAUUUUAUCAAAUUGUCUGUUGGAGAAAACAACUAUUGCAUUGAAAGUUUUGUAAAAAGCCAAUGAUUUCACACGAGCCAGAUCCUGAUGUUGUUCGAUGGGGUCUCCACCAUCUUGUUGGUGAUUAUUUAUUUCCCAACUCUGUGUAUUUUGGAACUGUCACUCAACAUGAUUCGGACUACUAUGAUGGGCAGUAUGGCAGAGAAAGUCAUUAUGACAUAGAAAUAGAGUGUAGCAAUGUAGAGAAUGAUGAGGUUAUUGCACAUGCUCUUCAAGAAGAAUUGUCACAACUUGCCAUUGCAGAAGCAUCUGGAUCUACAAAUGCGGAAGAAGAACAUUUGCAAGCAUCAAUUCUUGCACAAGAUUGGCUUGGACCAUCCGUGAGAAAUUACAAUUCUGGGCAUGAAAGUGGCCAUGAAGAUACAGAUGGUGUUGGGGCCUCUAGUUCAUGUUCUAGCCCUGAUGAAAGAGCAUAUAAUGAGGAGUGCCCAUAUUCACUAGAGUUAACAGAUGAGUAUGCACUUGAUGGAGAACUGGGGAAGAGGUUAAACCAGAUGGUUCCUAUUCCUCAUGUUCCUAGAAUUAAUGGAGAAAUACCUUCUGUUGAUGAAGCAACUUCAGAUCAUCAAAGGCUGCUGGACAGAUUGCAGUUAUAUGAUUUGGUUGAGCUCAAGGUUCAAGGAGAUGGCAACUGCCAGUUUCGUGCCUUAUCAGAUCAAUUCUAUCGCACUCCUGAGCACCACCAGUUUGUUAGACAAGAAGUUGUUCAUCAGCUCAAGUCUCACUGGGAGAUGUAUGAAGGAUAUGUUCCUAUGGCCUAUGGUGACUAUUUGAAGAAGAUGUCCCAGACUGGUGAAUGGGGUGAUCAUCUCACAUUACAGGCUGCUGCAGAUUCGUAUGGCGUUAAAAUAUUUGUCAUAACAUCCUUCAGGGACACAUGUUAUAUUGAGAUACUUCCAACCAUUGUGAAGUCAAAAAGAGUUAUUUUCUUGAGCUUUUGGGCAGAGGUGCACUACAACUCCAUAUAUCCAGAAGGAGAUGUGCCUGUAUUCGAGACUAAGAAGAAGAAAAGGGUGAAUUUUCUGGAGCAGAUGCAGUCUGACUGUUCUGUAAUGUGACGGAUCAGGCACACAACUAAUUUGCUUGCUGACCACUAUUCUGCGGUUUGGCUGUCUUGCUUUGUACAUGUCACCUCCUUGUAGACUACUAUACUUUAUUUUUUCUAUAUUCUUUUUAAUGUAAAACUCUUAUCUAUCUGGUUUCUAGUGCAAUUAUCAAUUUUUUCCCGCCCUUUGUGAGAAUGUUACCUCA